AUGGUCAACGCUAUCAAGAACGCAGCGCGCAUUUCGACCGUACUCGUGCUUCCAAUUGUGGCGGCAUGCAGUCUAACUAUGAUCCUCCCACUGUCGCUUCAUGUCUUCCUCCAGCGACGACCGCGAUUCGUCUUGCAGACCCAUUAUGCUCUUGCCCUGAUCGCUGUUUCUUUUCUGGAAGUGCAUCUGUUUCAGGUCAAUUCCGUGUAUCGUUGGGUCUUGCUUGGCGGCAUCUGCUCCUGGAUGGCCUGCAGCGCAGGAGCUUUGGUGCAUGCUAUGUGGUCGCACCGAUCGUGGUAUCUAGGGCCUGACCUGGUAGAAGUCAGCCUAUUUAACAGUCUUCUCUGGCUGAAGAUCACGGUCUCAGCUCAAAUGCGGACAAAACCUGGUCAGUAUAUUCAACUGUGGAUGCCACGCUUGGGGGUUGCCGUUUGCCUGGAGUUUCCAAUUUUUUUCAUCACGUCGACGGAGCGCGAGCACACGAACACAGAUGGACCAUCCACCUCGCAAAAAGGAAAACGUAAAGUUCUCCGAGUGGUGACCAGACCUUCCUCCAGCCUGACAAAAAAACUAACGCAGCGUAUUUUACACGCUGGCGUGCCGAGUCUGAACCUGCCAGCCUUUGUGUUUGGCCCUUACGGAGGCGCACAUUCGUUAGGCCAGAAUGGAACGGUGGUAUUUGCACUGGAGGAUAUCGGACUCUUGCGGGCUUUGCCAUUCAUUCGUGAUUUGGUGGAGGGAAGCCGCGAACGCACCAACAAGGUUCGACGUUUGGAAGUUCUUUGGCAGACUGAGUAUUCAAAGUUUAAACAUCAAAGCUGGGUCCACCGCGAAAUCCAGCAUAUACUGAAGCUUGAUUUGAUGGGAGACCGAAUGGGAUCAGGGACAGGGGAAACUCCACAGGAGCAUCACGGAUUCGAUAUCUUAAACUUUUCGAUUCAUCUUCUGCACGCCCCUUCAGCGACGCGCAAAUUGCUGAAGAAUAGAACGCGUCUGCACUACUACUUCGCACCCGUUGACGUUGAAAAGGUCAUGGUGCAUCAUAUCCGCACACAAUCGGGUAAAAUUGCCGUCGCAGUGUGCACUGGCGAGAAGCUACGCGAGCGUGUGGCCCGUAUUACACAACGAGAAAAGUGCCCGAGGUUGUCGAUCGUCAACCUUGACAUGGAAGUGGAGCCAUGUGUCAUGCGCACGACUGGUGGUGGGGAGGAUCCUUUGGGCGUUGAGUACAUGCAAGAUGACGACUCUGCAGCGCCUCAGAGGCAGGGGCCGGGUAACUCUGUCCGUAACACCGCAGUAGGAUCUUACAAGCGCAAUGGUGGAAUUUUUGAGGACUCGACCAGAGGAAUCCCGCUGGUUUUGCUGGAAGACAAUAAUCACGCGCGGUGGGUUAGGUCCAAGAUUCUCGAUGGGUAUAAGCGGUGA